UGCCGUAGUUUCAAUUGUAUUACUCGAGUAUGAUGGCUGCUCCGGAACCGCAGCCGCGUUUUGGUCAAUCGGUGAAAGGUUUACUGUCUGAGAAAGUAGGGUCCUGCAGUGGGGAUGUCAUUACCCUUACUCGACAAGUCCUGAAAGGAUCCCGUAGUCAAGAGCUGCUUGGUCAGGCUGCACGUAAUAUGGUAAUGCAGGAAGAUGCCAUACUUCAUUCGGAGGACAGUUUAAGAAAAAUGUCAAUUAUAACAACACACCUGCAGUAUCAGCAAGAAGCCAUACAAAAGAAUGUGGAACACUCUAGAAAUCUUCAGGACCAGCUGAUGCACUCACUGAAAUGAAGAUCAAGCUGAUUUUAAACUGGAUUCAAAGUUUACAGACUUCUGAUUUCUGCGAGUCAGGAAAGCUCCUUGUGCAGAGUUUGCCCGGGUCGUGUUUGGCCUUGUAGAUUGUACCAUGUUUUUGACUCUGCAUUACAAACAUGAUGCUGAGAGAUGGAGCCUGUAUUUCAUUGAAAUUCAAUUUUUUUAAGUCUCGAAAGGUUUUAAGGAAAGAUAUCUGUAGCUUAUUAAAAGGCAUAUUUGAUCUUGCGUCAGUUUGCCAUUUGGUGAAAUGUGUUUAUGAACUUUCAACUGUCAUUGAAGGCAGAGUUUAUGUCCCUUAUGCACUUGUUUAAAUAUUAAAUAGCCACUUCAAAAAUGUAUACAUAUAAAAAUAGUUUACAGACAUUG